AUGACCCAGAUAUUUUCGAUUGACAGAGGGGUAAAGUCUGUUGUCGAAAUUCGUAGGAGCCACACAACUCGUCGAGUUUAUAGAAGGGAAGAUCUUCUUAGGUUGAGAAAUAGCCCUCAGUCUCGGAUAUUGCCACCUGAUUUUGAUGUAUUCGCAAGAAUCAAGAGGGAAUUGUGUGUUGGAGCUUUAUCUGGUGUAGUUGAAGCGAUACCCAGACGAUAUGAUGGCCGCAAAGCUCAUGGAAAUGACUUUAAUAAUACAUUGCGCAAUGUAAUAAGAAGGACCACAAAUUCUAUUGUUUUGUGUGAUUCUGGAAUUGUAAGGGCUCAAAGGAGCUGUCGAAAGUCGUCAAUUGUCAGCGAAGUGGAGCAGAUGGUGGAGGUUAACUAUCCUGCUAAAUGCCAAUCUUUCUCACGAGAAUCCAACUGGGUUGAGCAUAAACCUGAGUGGUAUGUUAAUGGCCCCACUGUUGCUGAGGAUCAUAUGGAUUUACAAGAAUGUAACGCAUUAUCUAGGGAUGAGAAAGAAAAUGAGUCACGUCACCUUGCGGUAGACCCUGGAUAUACUGAUCGCCAUUCAAAAGAAUUGGAAGAUUACCUGAAGUCACUGCUACUGAAUAAUAAUAAAAAGGAAGGUCGAAAACAGGGAGAACGCCCACUUAAUAUAAAAACGUUGAGAGAAAUCGAAGCUAAGUUAGAGGCUAGGCCCUCAGAACCCAGUGAGCGUGGUGAUAUGAGUGCAUUCUACAAACUUUUGGGUUUUUUUGACCAAAUUUCCAAGUCUAAUAAUGUCACAUCACAAGACAAAGGGAAGCAGAAUACUGACCUUAACAUCGAUCACUCAGAUUUCAUAGACGAUAAGGUGAAUAUUUCAGAAGGAGCGCAGCACAACAUUUCGCAGCCAAACCUCAUUAAUAGUGACAUUAGAAACUCAGAUGCUGAAGCUGUUCCAAUCCCAAACGAAAGUUCUUUUGUUUCAAUAAACAGAACGCCGAAGUUGGAAGUCAGUGAUAUUACUAAACAUGUGACGUGCAACCCUGUAACCGCCCCAUAUCAGCGGCAGUUUAUUGCAUCUGGGCCCUUAGGGCAGAAUGCACUCCGUUGGUUUAAGGCCAUGACUAAUGCAGCUUCUGCAAAUGUUUGCAUAAAUCAUAAUUUAGAAAGUUUUAAAACUUUACACAUCAAACCAACCACAACAGCAAAUGCAUCUACAAACACUCAAGUUCCCAAUACACCUUCGAGUGAAAUUUCCAUAUCUUGUUCCCUGCCAGGAUAUCAAAACGUACUCAUCAAUGAACAAACUAAACUACCAGUAAAUUUUUCUUCCUAUCAUUUCAAAACAGGCCAACCUUUUGAAGGGUUAUUAGGAUUGGGAUACCCACACCGAUCAGUUAAAUCAAUGAUGCUGCCAUACCAUUCCCACAGUGCUUUCUUUUUUAAUCGCUCGAUAGUUAACCCAUUUUUACUGCAGCAGUUGAUCCAAAAGCAGCUCAAUUUUAGAAGUGCAGCACUUCAGUUACCGUAUCAGUAUUUCCGAACACACUUAUCAGAUUUACCUAGUGGAAAUUUCUAUGCAUCAUUUUCUCAGUCUUCACCAAAUGUUUCAGAAGCCAAAAAGUAUAAGUAUACAAAACGCUCUUCUUUUAUACUUGAACAAACUCUACUGGUUCAGUCGUCACUUGUUUUUGCGUUUCAUAGAUAUACAGAAGAGGUGAAAACAAUCAUGAUGAUAAAACUUAUGCUGACUUUAUUAUUCUGUUUCUCUAUCACUGCAAAUUCAGAAUUUGAUCCAUGUAUUACAAUAAUCAUAGGUCUGUCAAAUUGUAUAAGUAAACCAUACAGAGAUCAGUCACCAGAUCCACAAACAAAUCUGGAGAAAUGUAGACAAGAUCCAGAGUGCAGUAAACAAUACGUUGAAUGUGCCUAUGCCAAAUUAAACGAAUGCAAUGAUGAGAUGAGUAAAGAAGUUAAGAAACAAUUAAAAUCUUUCGGUUCAACAAAUUAA